GUACCGGCGGCCGCGGCCGCGCCAUGCCCGCGCUGGCCUUGCGCGACCAGCCGCUCGACUGCUCCAUGCGCCUGCGCGAUCUGCCCGCCUGGCCGCCGCCGACCGCGCGGCCACUGCACCAGGACCGCCACCACGUGGCGGGCCGGGCUGACGUCAGCAGCUUCUUCAAUACGCAGAUGGUGUUCGACCUUAACGAAGAGUCGGGCGAGCUGAUCAAGUCGCCUUCGCCGCCGCCCAGUCACGAUGGUUCGGCGAGCGGCGAGGGAGAGGGCGAGGGCGAGCAUUCGGGCGACGAACGUGCUCCCUCUCCGCCGCGUGCGCCCUCUGCGGCCCUCCCGCUGCCCGCUCACCCACACGCACACGCACCGCAUGGGCUGCUCCACAGUGGAGGCGCAGGCUCGGCGCUUGCGCAGCUGCAACACUUGCUGCUGACGCAGCACGGCGCGCACUCGCUCUUAUUGCACACACAGGUGCAGCAGGCGGUAGCGCAGGCAGCCGCGCAACAACUGCAGCAGCUGCAGGCGCGUGCCGCCGCCCUGCCCGUGCCCACCACUGGUGCGGGCCGGUCCCCGUCGCCGCCGCGGCGCACGCCGCCGGGCGCGGGCGCCUUCCUGACGCCGCUGACGCCGGGCUCGGGCCGGGCGCGCAGCCCCCCGCACCCGCACCAGCUCCCUCCGCACUCGCAGGCGCACACGCCGCUGCACGCGCACGCGCACAAGCCGCGCGCGCUCGAGCCCGCCGUCGCCGACGACACCGCCGACCUCGAGGAGCUCGAACACUUCGCCAAGACCUUCAAGCAGCGCCGCAUCAAGCUGGGAUUCACGCAGGGCGAUGUCGGGCUGGCGAUGGGCAAGCUGUACGGGAACGACUUCUCCCAGACUACGAUAUCGCGGUUCGAGGCGCUGAACCUGAGCUUCAAGAACAUGUGCAAAUUGAAGCCGCUGCUGCAAAAGUGGCUCGAGGACGCGGACUCGUCACUAGCGGGCGGCGGGGGCGGGGGCGGGGCGGCGCUGGGCGCGGGCCUGGCCGAGGCCGUGGGUCGCCGCCGCAAGAAACGCACCUCCAUCGAGUCGGGCGUGCGCGUGGCGCUCGAGAAGGCCUUCAUGCAGAACCCCAAGCCCACCAGCGAGGAGAUCGCCGCCCUGGCCGACGCGCUCUGCAUGGAGAAGGAAGUGGUGCGCGUCUGGUUCUGCAACCGCCGGCAAAAGAGCUCGGCGAGCCGAGACUCAUAG